AAACAAAGGAACCGAUUUAAAGCCUAACAAAACUUGUAACAAAAGUCUAACCCAACACCUACAAUUCUAGUAUAAACACACACAAUAUUCUCUGUUUUUCACGCCACCCCAAUUUUUCUCAAACCAUGUAUUUCAUCAAAAACAUAUUAACGGUUUUUCCGUUAUUAUUAUUAUCUUCAAUCUACUAUGUGGAAGCUCAAUCUGCACCACCACCGGAUGACUAUCAGUAUGCUAGAUUUAGUCCUUCAAUGGCGAUUAUUAUUGUGGUACUUGUGGCUGCUUUGUUUUGUAUGGGCUUUUUCUCUAUUUAUAUCCGUAGGUGUUCCGAGGACGGUGGCCCGAGUGCCCGUGGAGGCCUUUCGAUGAGGCGUGCUGCCAGGUUGGCUGCUGCGAGCCGUGGGCUUGAUGCGGGAGUGCUUGAGACGUUCCCGACGUUUGCGUAUUCGACGGUGAAGGGGUUGAAGAUCGGGAAAGGAGCGCUGGAGUGCGCGGUUUGUUUAAAUGAAUUUGAGGAUGAAGAAACGAUCAGGUUAAUCCCAAAAUGCGAUCACGUUUUCCACGCCGAAUGCAUCGACGCCUGGCUUGAGCAUCACGUUACAUGCCCAGUCUGCCGAUCCAACCUCGUUCCCAAACCUGGCGAGUCAACUCACGGUACCAACGACUCAGAACCACUACCCGACGAGAAUAAUAACGAGCUGACGUUAGUGUCAGAACAAAACACUGACGUCUCAAUUCGGGUCGGGGACACAAUCCCUGACCCGACGAACCCAGUCCUGAACCGGGUCAAAAGCGCCAACCCAUACCGCCCCCCACGGUCCAAAUCCGUACGAGGACCGGCCCUUUUCGAGAAAUUCAGAUCACACUCAACCGGUCAUUCACUAGUUCAAGUUGGUGAAGACACCGAGCGGUUCACGUUACGGUUACCGGAAGAUGUGAGAAAACAAGUCAUUGAUAAGGCGUUACUGAACCGGACCGGAAGCACGGUUCGAUUGCCCGGUGAAGGAAGUGGGAGAAAAGGUUACAGAACCGGUUCAACCGGUUCCGGUUCAUACAGGCGAAUGGGGAGUAUAGACCGGUCGGUUUUCUCACGUGCUCCUUCGUUCUUGUCACGUGCGUUUUCUGUACGGUCUCAAAAGGGCGCGUCAGCUAACGGUGGCGCGUCGACAUCAACGACAUCCGACAAGGUUCCGCUUAAUAACAUUGGACCGAAAAGUGACGAGGUUUUUGGUCGGCCGCCGGUUUGACAGUUAUUUUGCCGGUUUAUGACGUCAUGAUAGUUGUUGAUGACGAAGGAUGGGGCCCGCAGAAGAGUUGAGAAUUCUGGCCGGAGGUACCGAAGGUGACACACCUUGUGGGACUCGCGUGGAUGAAUAUUAAUUAAAAUUUAAAAAUUUAUUUUAUUUUAUUUUAUUUUUUUGAAAAUUUUGAGUUAAAUUUGUACAUAUUUGUAGGAAUAAUGUUAUGUAACAAGUUGCCGUUGGAAAAAAACAAAAAUGUUGUGUAACAAGCUGUAUUUUAGUUACUUAUAAAUGACAAUGUUUUGAUCAUCUUUUUUAAA